CAAAAAGACUCUCUAGAACAAAAUUUGAAAGCGCUGGCGUGCAACGGCUUUUUGUUUUUCCUUAAUUUUCGCAGAUCAUUUUUAUUUACAACUAAGCUGUAUUUUUUUGUGGUUUUUGUGAAAGCAAGAGAGUGCGAAAGGGAGUGAGAAAAUCAAGCAAAAUUCAUGCAUAAAUAAGGGAAUAUUGCGCCCCUUUUUGAAAAACAAAACAAAAAUAAGCAACAAGAAUUUUGAUCAAGAGAUCCAAAACGAGUGGAGUCGCACAGAGAGCGUGACGAGAGGAGAGGAAGAGCUCUCGAUCAUCAGCAUGUCCGCUGCCACACACAUGGCGCUGCCUGUUCACGCCGUGAGCGGCCCGCCGCCGGGUACACCACCGGCCUCCAUGGUGUCCAUGGGGCCAGGCAAGCGGGGCCACAAGCGCAGCGUUUCGCUGGAGACCAAUGCCCCGCUGGCAUUGCGUAGCACCCCCAGUCAUCAGUCGCCGUUGCUGCAGUUCUCCCAAGGACAUGGCUUCCACACGGGCACGCUCAAGUCGCGCCAGGAGCAGCGGCGCUUCAGCCAGAAGUUCGGGAGCCACAGCAAUCUGGAUGGGGAUGGGAAUGCGGAUGGUGGCCCCCACCAGAUGCAGAUGCGUUCCAAGUUCCAGAACAUCCGGCAAAUGUUUGAGCUGAGUCGCAGCUGCGUGGCCGGUGGAGGAGGAGAAGAGCAGCGGUACGCAAACGAGGAGGAGGCGCUACAGUCGCUGCCGGCAAUGAUGCUGCCACAUCAGCAGCAAUCAGUGGCACGACGGACCACACCCAUUACCGGAGGAAGUCGAUUGGCCAUUAACGAGCAGCACCAGCAGCAGCAGCAGCAACAGCAACAGCAACAGCAACAGACAUCGAUGGGCGAGGCCAUGGAACAGAGCACCAAUGGAGGAGGUUCCGGUUCGGGUUCGGCUUUGGGCUCGGGUUCGGGCUCGGGGGGUAACUAUCUGCGUCCCAUUGCCUUCAAGCCGAUACCAUUUGAGCCGGACUAUCGCAUAGCAUGCCACCAGCAGCAGCAGUUGCAACAGCAGCAGCAUCUCCAGCAGCAACAGCAGCAACAGCAACAACAGCAACAGCAACAACAGCAACAGCAGCAAUUCCAGCAGCAGCUGCAACAACAGCAGCAGCAAGUGGUCUCCGGAUCGGUGGAAAGAUAUGGCUAUGGAUCAACACCAUCGCUGGCACCGCUCCCAACGACAGCCGUAACACAGAAGUUUGGCAGCACAACAGAUCUGCGGCAUUUGGCAGCCAGGCGCCGGAAUCAUCGCGUGCUACAGCGUGGCAGCAGCAGCCAUGAGGAUGCCAUGAAUACUGAAUGCAUGACGGAUGGGGCCAGCAGCAAAAGCAGCGGGACAAUGGUUGGGAGUGAUCUGACGCCCUCGCCCUCGGACUCGGGCAUCUCGGAACUGGAGGCAGCACUGAAGGAUCGCGACUCGGAGCUGUCGUAUCUGCGGCAGGCCAUGGAGCACAAUGAGAAAGACAAGGAGGUCUACUGGGAGCACGAGACGCAGCGUCUGAGGUUGCUUUACGAGCGGGAGCAGCGCGAGUAUCAGCUGAAGCUGAAGAAAAUGGAGCAGCUGCUGGCCUUGCAGCAGUUCCAGUUGAAGCAGCACAAGAUCCGGCAGCAGGAGCAGGUGCACAAGCUCCAGCAGCAACUGGACGCCACACGCUGCAGCAAUCAGAAUCUGAAGCAAUCCGAACAGCAGCUCCAGUCCUCGGCGAUGGGGCUGCACCAGCAGCUGGAGGACACGCGCCAGACGGUGGCCAUACUGCGCUCCCAGUUGGAGGACAGCGAGUGGAAGGUGUGCGAGCGGAAUGGGGAGAUAGCUUUACUCAAGACGCAGCUGAAGGAAGCGCAUAUCGAAAUCAAUGUCAAGGAUCAUGCGAUUGUUAGCCUGAAGCACCACAACCACAGCAACAGUAGCAGCACGAAAAGCAGCAGCGAAACCAAAAGCCAAAGUCAACCAAAGGAGGAGCAGCAUCACCAGCACCAGCACCAGCAUCAGCUUCAGCAGCUGCAGAAGAUCAUUGCGUUGAAGGAUCAGGUGAUUGGAGCACUCACCAACGAACUGGCGAAGCUGCGCAAGGAGCUCUCCGAUCUGGCUAUUGCCCACGAGUACGGGGAAGAGCCCUGCGGCCGGUACACACGUCUCAAGCAGCAGCUGGACAACCUUAAUGAGAUCUGCCAGAAGACGCGCAAGUACACAUCCUCCGCAGAGGCUGCCGUUCCCGCUCCCGUCCCCUUGGAGGUGGUGGUGGCUCCUCCGCCCCGGCUGGAUGCCAUCAUGCAGCGACUGCAGCUGCAGGACCAGGGACAGGGCCAAGGCCAGGGCCAGGGACAGCAGCAGACGCUGGACACCCUCAUCGAGGAGUCCACCACGUAUGCCGAGGACAUUGCCAAGCUACGGCAGAAGCUGGACGACUUUCGCAUCAACCUGGAGCUGGAGAAGCGGCAAUGGUGUGCCGAGAAGGACAAGGUCCUGGGCUACCAGAAGCAGCUGCAGGCUCACUACAUACACAUGUACCAGAAGCUGCGAUGCCUGGACAAUGCGGUGCCAGGACCAGGGGCUACCACUCCAGCAGAGGCAGCCACCGAUGUGAACUGAGGAUCUGGGAUCCGGGAGUCAGCAAAUGGUGCUAUUUGUCGUUGCACUGCAAUUCGAUUGCUCCAGGAGUAACCGAACGCCAGUGAUGCUUUCUAGUUCUUCCUUAAAAAUAUUCUAGUUUCAUCCCUACACUCUGCAACAUCCAUUGAGAUCCCUUCUGAGGGGUUCCUCACUUCUUUUAGACUUCUAAAAGUACAUACUGGGUGAAUGAUAGAUUAAGAGCAGAACUAGUACUCUUACAAUCUGUUCAAUUCACUCCUUCUGUGGAUCCCAUCUCCCUCUUCCAGUUCAAUAAUUCUCGCUACAAUGCAAUCAAUUAUCGCUACAAGCGAUAACCCAUAAACGGCGAUAAUUAAUACAAGAUUAUUGAUUUUAUUCCAAAAAAAACAAAAAAAAAAACGGGGAGAAAGAGGAAAGACUCUUGUGAGCCCACUCCAUGGAUCUUUCUCUUUCCAGUCCAAUAAAUUAUCGCCACAAGCCGACAAGCUAAGCGAUAAGCGAUACAUACGGCGAUAAAUAAUACACGAUUAUCCAUUUUACUCCACAAGAAGAAACGGAGAGAGGAGCGGUUCUCUUCGUGAGAAUCACAUAUUUUAUGAAUAUUUAAUUUUU